AUGGCGGCGUCUGCACCUUCCUCGUCUGGCAACGAACCGGAUCCCAACUCGACAAAUUUACGACCACCAGGCUCAAGCUAUGACGCUUGGUGUGGAGUUGCUCACGGAUGUUCUAGAAAAUUGGGAAUGAAGAUAUGUGGAUUUUUGCAGAAGAACAACAACCUCGAGGAGAAGAUUAGUUCCUUCAAGGAAAGAUCGUCUAAGGACCUGCUGGAUAACAGCGACAGGGAUUCGCGUUUCAGACGCACCGAGACGGACUUUUCCAAUCUAUUUGCUAGAGAUUUAUUACCAGCUAAAAAUGGAGAGGAGCCAACUAUGCAGUUUUUGUUGGAGGUGGUGGAUAUUCUCACAAACUACGUCCGGAAGACCUUCGACAGAUCCACCAAGGUCCUGGACUUCCACCACCCCCACCAGCUGCUGGAAGGCAUGGAGGGCUUCAACCUGGAGCUGUCUGACCAACCUGAAUCUCUGGAGCAGAUCCUGGUGGACUGUAGGGAUACCCUGAAAUAUGGAGUGAGAACGGGUCACCCCAGGUUUUUCAAUCAGCUAUCUACUGGCUUAGACAUCAUUGGCUUGUCAGGAGAAUGGCUCACCUCCACUGCAAACACUAACAUGUUCACCUAUGAGAUCGCCCCAGUCUUCGUGCUCAUGGAACAGCUGACUCUGAAGAAGAUGAGGGAGAUCAUUGGCUGGCCUGAUGGAGAGGGCGAUGGGAUAUUCUCACCAGGUGGAGCGAUAUCCAACAUGUACAGUGUGAUGAUCGCCCGCUACAAGUUCUUCCCUGAAGUCAAGACCAAAGGCAUGACUGCUGCCCCCAGACUGGUGCUCUUCACCUCCGAGCAUAGCCACUACUCUAUAAAGAAAGCCAGUGCUGCUCUGGGCUUUGGAACAGAAAACCUGAUCCUGUUGAGCACAGAUGAGAGAGGGAGAGUCAUUCCCGCUGAUUUGGAAGCCAAGGUCAUCGAUGCCAAGGCGAGGGGUUGUGUCCCAAUGUUCGUGAAUGCUACAGCUGGUUCCACCGUGUAUGGAGCAUUCGAUCCCAUCCACGAGAUUGCAGACAUCUGCGAGAAAUACAACAUGUGGUUACAUGUGGAUGGUGCGUGGGGAGGAGGCCUACUGAUGUCCAGGAAGCACAGGCACAAGCUGUGUGGCGUAGAGAGGGCCAACUCGGUCACCUGGAACCCUCACAAGAUGAUGGGUGUGCCACUGCAGUGCUCUGCCAUUCUGGUCAGAGAGAGGGGAGUUUUAUCAGGCUGCAACUCCAUGUGUGCUGGCUACCUCUUCCAACCAGACAAACAGUACGAUGUAUCGUACGACACGGGGGACAAGGCCAUCCAGUGUGGACGACAUGUAGAUAUCUUCAAAUUCUGGCUCAUGUGGAAAGCGAAGGGAACAAUAGGGUUUGAACAGCACAUCGACAAGUGUUUGGACCUCUCGCAUUAUCUCUACACUAAAAUAAAGGGUCGCGAGGGCUAUCAGAUGGUGUUCGAUGGAGAGCCCCAGCACACGAAUGUCUGCUUCUGGUACCUUCCGCCAGGCAUUCGUGACAUGCCCGAUGGUCAGGAGAAGAGGGAGAAGUUGCAUAAGGUGGCCCCCAAGAUCAAGGCGUUGAUGAUGGAGUCUGGAACCACCAUGGUGGGCUACCAGCCUCAGGGAGACAAGGUCAACUUCUUCCGCAUGGUCAUCUCCAAUCCUGCCGCCACCAGGUCAGAUAUCGACUUCUUGACCGAUGAGAUUGAGAGACUGGGGCAGGACUUGUAA